AUAGGAAAUUUUUUUACACAGCCUCUAUUUGGGUUAAGAGCUACACAACAAUCAGGCCACCCCAAAUACGUUUAUACCUUGCCAAAAUCACAUGAUAUCCUAUUGGAAAGUAAGUAAAAUACUAUGUAUUAGCCCUUAGAAUGCUGAUCAAAAGAUAAAUUUGCAGGACAACCAGGGCGUCACCUUGUUAGCUCCAAAAAGUGGAUAUUCUGGUUAAUCUGCACCUGGCCAUGGACAUCAUCCAAUGGAAUUGGGUCUUUUAUGCAGUUAUUUGGGGAUCUAUAGGUGCAACUUCCAUUUGUGUCAUGAUCCUCAAUGCCAUUCCUAUGUUUGUUGGCUCCUGGGCAAUCUUCAACAUGACGGUGGAGGGAUCUUUUUGGGUGUGCUCGCUUGGUAUAAUCAUAGCAGCACUCCUUCCUCGUCUUGAUGGCAUUCAGAUUGCAAGAGAAGCUGAGAAGUUCGGCUGUAACGUUUUGAAUUAAAGAGAGGAAAAGGCUAUAAGCCCUUGAAGGUUUAGAUGUAGGAAUAAAUGAAUGAAGGGUAUUAUGGUAAUUUAAUAAAAUUUGAUAAAUAUAAAUAAGAAGUAAAAAAAA